GCUGGUGUUUGUGUUCAGCCAGGACUUCACGGUGUUUGGAGGCAGCCUAUCGGAGACCCAUGCGAGCAAGAUAGUCAAGAUCAUGGAGAAGGCAAUGCUUGUGGGAGCACCUGUCAUAGGCAUCAACGAUUCGGGGGGAGCUCGUAUUCAGGAGGGCGUUGUGUCGCUUGCCGGCUAUGCCAACGUGUUUCAGCUGAACGUGCUGGCAUCGGGAGUCAUUCCGCAGCUCUCCCUCAUCAUGGGGCCCUGCGCAGGUGGUGCUGUCUACUCGCCUGCUCUCACAGAUUUUGUGGCCAUGACUCGAGGCACGGCGUACAUGUUUGUCACGGGGCCUGACGUGGUGAAGCAAGUCACAUUUGAGGACGUCACCCGGGAUGAGCUGGGAGGAGCAGACGUGCAGUCCAAGUCAGGAGUGGUGCACCUGGCGUAUGACAACGAACUCGAUGCUCUUGCGAGGGUCCGGGACCUCUUUGACUUCCUGCCGCUCUCCAAUCAGCAUGCGCCACCGUUGCGACCCAACUUCGACUCCCCCAACCGUGUGUCGCCCUCACUGGACUUUGCUGUGCCGCGGGACCCCAACACGGCAUAUGACAUGGUGGAGAUCAUCGAGCAGGUGGUGGACGAUGGGGAGCUGUUUGAGGUGCAGGGCGGCUUUGCACGGAACAUCCUUAUUGGAUUCGCGAGGCUGGACGGGGGCACGGUGGGAGUGGUGGCAAAUCAGCCCAAGGAGCAGGCGGGCUGCCUCGAUAUCAACGCCUCCAUUAAGGGAGCUCGGUUCGUGCGCUUCUGUGAUGCGUUCAACAUCCCCAUCCUCACCUUCGUCGAUGUCCCAGGCUUCCUCCCAGGCACGGAGCAGGAGCACAACGGGAUCAUCAGGCAGGGGGCGAAGCUGCUGUACGCGUAUGCAGAGGCCACGGUUCCGAAGCUCACUGUCAUCACUCGCAAGGCUUAUGGAGGGGCAUACGAUGUGAUGAGCUCGAAGCACCUGAGGGGCGACGCCAACUACGCGUGGCCAUCAGCAGAGAUUGCAGUGAUGGGCGCCAAGGGCGCAGCGGAGAUCCUGCACAGGGGCAGCGUGGACCUGGAGAGCCUCACAGCCGAGUACACACCCAAGUUCGCCAACCCGUACAGUGCGGCGCAGCUGGGGUAUGUGGACGCCGUCAUCAUGCCGAGGGACACACGGAAAGUGCUCUGCAAGGAGAUGGCCCGACUUAGAAACAAGAAACUGGCCAAUCCGUGGAAGAAGCACGACAACAUGCCACUGUAA